AUGAUGACCAAGUCGCCCCCCCCCCCACCCCAGCCUCAGCAGCUGAGGCGCACAGGCUUCCUCUUCCCAGAGCGUGUGGAGUAUUCCUGGACCACGGAUGAGGCCCGAGGGCCCUGCACUGGAUGGCUGACCUUCCGGGAUGUGGCCAUAGACUUCACUCAAGAGGAGUGGGAAUGCCUGGACCUCGGUCAGCGGGCCUUGUACACGGACGUGAUGGUAGAGAACUAUAGGAACCUGGCCUCCUUGGGCCUUGUGGUCUCUAAGCCAGACUUGGUCACCUUUCUGGAGCAAAUGAAGGAUCUCAGGAAUAUAAGGAGAAUGCAGACAACAGGCAUAUACCCCGCUAUAUCUCCUCAAGACAGCCAGGAUUUGAUGCCAAAGAAACAAAGGGUAGAAGAUUUGUUCCCAAAAGCAAACCUAGGAAUAUAUGAAAGAUUUUACCUCAGAAACUUGCAAUUAAUGAAAGACUUAGAACAUACAAGGGCGAAAUGUGGAAAAUCUGGGAAGUCCUCCAGUCUCUACUGUACAUACUCCUUCAAACCACUCUGA